CUCCUAGCCAAUUUCACAUCUCAUACGUGUAUAAAGUCUUCCAAUCUUCCACGAACUAGCUAGCUACCAUUUUUCUUCUUCCAACUUACUCAAACCCCUCUCUCUCAAACCCCUGGGAAUCUCCAUCAAGAACCAAGAAAGAGUGUCAAUCGCAGCGAACGGAGCUAUUCACAAACAGCGUCAACAACAUGAACUCAUCCAAGCCCUCGGGUAACUGGACCAUGCCCGGGCGUCCACCUCCACCGAAUGAGGUAUCUCGUGGUGGCGCUGGUGAUAACCAGAUUAAGCUCAAUGUUGACUCGGGAACCAUCUCAGCGGCCGUGAUAGCCGCAGUGAGCACACUGGCGGCUUGUAUGCUUCUCUUCUGGGGGAUCAUCGGUUACAAGUACUUCCGCCCACGCCGCUAGAGACUUUGGACCUGGAUUCAGACAUCAUAUGGAUUCGAUGGAGUUGAUGCUUUUCAUGUGGCAUGGCCGCUCUGCUCUUGGCG